AUGUCUCCAGUCCCAGAACCAAUCCUCCAAGCCCUCUCCCUUCCCCCGGGAUCAAAAGCCACCCUCUCAACCUCCGGCCUAGGCUCAGGCUUUACAAGCACAGGAACCAUCCACGCCCAAGUGCCCAGCCAAAAUGGCACCGAAGAACGCCGCUACUUUGUAAAAACCUCCUCAAACGGCAAAGCCGCCGAGGAAAUGUUCCAAGGCGAAUCCGAGUCCCUGAACGCAAUCGCAACCUCAGUCCCAGGCUUCUGCCCCAAAGCCCUAGCCUGGGGCGCACUCGACUCCAGAACACACUUCCUCGCAACAGAGUUCCUCGAUCUUGGUGGUACAAAGAGCCGUAGUGCCGACGAGGAAACCUCGCUCGCGCACCGGCUGGGCAAGCUGCAUUCCACGCCCGCACCGCCAGACCCGGAAACCGGACGGCGCAGAUUCGGGUUCCCUGUGCCGACUUUCUGUGGUGAUACCAAGCAGCCAAAUAGGUUCUCCGAUAGCUGGGCGGACUUCUAUGCGAAGGAGCGGCUGCUUACGAUACUGGCGACGUCUGAAGAGCGGAAUGGGCGUGACGCUGAGUUGCGCGAGACUGUUGAGAAGACCGCUUACAAGGUUGUGCCGAGAUUGCUCGGUGAUGGGCAUCUAGGGUAUAACUCUAGUGGGGAGGGAGAGGGGAUUGUACCCGUCGUUAUUCACGGGGAUCUGUGGAGUGGAAAUGCUGAUAGCGGUCGGAUUGUUGGCUCGGGUCGAGAUGACAAGCCUGGAGAUGUGGUCUAUGAUCCCUCUGCUUGCUAUGGUCAUAGUGAAUUUGAGCUCGGGAUUAUGCGUAUGUUUGGCGGGUUUGGGGCCAGAUUCUUUGAGCAGUAUCAUCGGAUCGUGCCGAAGACGGAGCCCGUGGCGGAGUAUGAUGAUCGGGUGCAAUUGUAUGAAUUGUAUCAUCAUUUGAAUCAUCAUGCUAUCUUUGGUGGUGGAUAUCGAUCUGGUGCUAUGUCGAUUAUGCGGAGGUUGAUCAGGAAGUAUGGGAACGAUUAG